ACCGUCUCACUCUCUUUUGCUAUGCUUUUCUUCACCAAAUUUGUGUUCUGCCUAACAUUUCUUCUAACCACCUCUCUUUCAUGAAAACAAGCAAUCAUUUUUAUCCCACGUUCCAUUCUUUCCCACUUAAAUUCCACCCGUUUGCCUUUCUAAAGAAUCCCAACUCCCAAGCCCAAUUUUUUUUAUCUGGAUCUUCACGUUGAAUUUUAGUAGAUGGACAACCAGUUUUUCCUUGAUGCAGGAAUCCCGCCAUUGCACUUUGGGUCGUCUUUAUCAUCGUCUCUGUCACCGGUAAUGGAAAUUCAGUCCCAAGAUUGUUUUCCGACUGAUUAUGGUUUACAGUACGAGUCGGCCUUGAGUUCCAUGGUUUCUUCCCCAGCUUCAUCGAAUGGCAAUAAUAUGUCCAGCGAGAGCUUGAUGAUGAGGGAAUUGAUAGGGAAACUGGGGAGCGUCGGUAACUCCGGCGAGAUCCUCCACCAUUCUCAGCCCAUGUUGGCGGCUGCUUCUUCCUCUUGUUACAGCACUCCACUGAAUUCACCUCCUAAAUUGAACUUGCCGGUGCCGAAAUCAAUGGGGCUGAAAUCCGGUGUGGCGGAUUUCUCAGCUGAUCCUGGAUUUGCGGAGAGAGCAGCGAAAUUCUCUUGCUUUGGAAGCAGGAGUUUCAAUGGUCGAAGGACUCAAUUUGGACCCAAAGACAACGGUGAAAUCGCCGCUUGCAGAUUUAAUCCGCCGCCGGUGAAUGUCAAGCUACCGCGUGUUUCCAGUUCUCCGGCUAUGAAAACACUGGCAGCCAAUUGUCGAGAGGAAUCCACCGUCUCCGAACAAAAUCCCGAUCCUGGUUUUAAAGGUUCAAAUUCAAGGAAAAGAAAAGCGGUCCCCAAAGCAAAAACAAACGAAACUUCACCAUCCCCAUCGCCAAAUUCUUCGAAGGUGACUAAACUCAACGAGGCAUCAAAUGAAAAGCGAUGCAAGUUAUCCAAGACCAAUGGAAACGAAAAUGGGUCUGGUAAAGCAGAGGAAGAAGACGCCAAUGGAAGCAAUACAAAGGCUCCUGAGCCUCCCAAAGACUAUAUUCAUGUUAGAGCAAGAAGGGGUCAAGCCACUGACAGCCAUAGUUUAGCUGAAAGAGUCCGUAGAGAGAAAAUCAGUGAGAGAAUGAAGCUUCUGCAAAAUCUUGUUCCUGGUUGCAACAAGGUUACUGGAAAAGCCUUGAUGCUGGACGAAAUUAUAAAUUAUGUUCAAUCAUUGCAACGACAAGUUGAGUUCCUCUCAAUGAAGUUAGCUUCAGUGAACACCAGCCUGGACUUCAACGUGGAGAGUUUAGUGUCAAAGGAUGUAUUUCAUUCAAACACUUUGCAGAAUCCAAUAUUCCCAGUAAAUUCCUCAGCUUUUUUGGGGCACCAGUCCCAGCAAAAUCCACCAUUAAAUAGCAAUAUUGCUAAUGGGACAAUGUCUCAAUGCUCGGUGGACCAUUUAGAUUCUGCCAUCUCCCCUAAACUUAACACCCAUUUGCCUCAAACUCAAAUUAACCGGUUUAUUAAAACCGUACCUCAGAAUCCAAUAUUCCCAUACCCAUCAUUUUGUGAAGGUGACCUUGAAACCCUAGUUCAGAUGGGGUUUGGCCAUAAUCAGAGCCAAGAAAUGGCAUUACAUUCACAAAACUUCCAGGGGUCAAAUCAAGUCUCUGACAUGAAAGUUGAGCUCUAAUAACACCAUUCUUUGGUCCUGGAUUAAAUGUUUAAAGCAGAGAAUUACUGCUUGUAUAUAUAAAAAAAUGAACUUAUUAUUGGACCAAUGCAUGAACUACCAUAACUAGGCUACUAGCCAUUUAUGCUUAGGGUUAAAGUGGAGGAUUCUUUUCCUUUUUUUUAUUUCCAGUUUAGGGUUCUAUCGUUCAACUUCUAAUUCAUUUUUACCCCUUUUUGUGGAUCCCUUACCAAUUAACCCAAUGUAAAAUCUGUGUAUUCAUGGUGCAAAGAUCUUUAUGGAGAAAAAGGCACCAACAUUUGUAAGAUAUAGUAUUUUAAUCAAUUAAUUCUAAUCAAGCAGCUUUCAUUUU